GGUACCCAACUCAUCAGAUGCAAGAGGAGGAGGAGGAGGAGUAUUAGCUGAUCUGAGCAUCCUUGCUAAGGAGUCAUGGCCAGCCAGACCCAGGGAAUCCAGCAGCUGCUGCAGGCCGAAAAGAGAGCCGCCGAGAAGGUGGCAGAGGCUCGGAAACGGAAGGCUCGGCGGCUGAAGCAGGCCAAGGAAGAAGCCCAGGCUGAGAUUGAGCAAUACCGCAUGGAGCGCGAGAGGGAGUUCCAGCAGAAGCAGCAGGCGGCUCUGGGAUCUCAGGGGAACCUGUCUGCAGAGGUGGAGGCACAGACCCGGAAGAAACUGCAGGCGAUGCAAGGAGGACAGGCCCGGGGCAAGGAUCGGGUCCUGCGUCAACUUCUCACCAUUGUUUGGGAUGUGCGGCCCCAAAUACACCCCAAUUACCGGGCAGCUAUUUAGGGGGACCCACUGACCCAGGCCGUCAUCUCCACUUGGUUGUCAAGCAAACCUUCCUGGCUCAUAUCCUGCGUAAAGCCCUGCCUAGUAUUAGUCUCCUGACCGCUGUGGGUCUGUCUUGAUGUCCCUCCGACAAUAUAAAACCUUCACCUAUGUCUAAAAUUGAAUCCCACCUGAUUGAAUGAUCUCUGCCCCAAUAAUCUUUCCAUCUAUUGUUUUUAAUAAUUUAUCAGAAUUCAUAGCAAAGUUGUGAAUCUUGCUUGAUGGGGUUGUCUUCAUAAUCCUAAAUACUGGGAGGGAUUGUCUCCGGAAAUGUCAGGGUUGCCUUCAGGCCUCUCAUGAGAAAGAUACCCUGUAGGCUUAAAUCCAUUCUGAAGGAUUGUUUGCAUAUACUAAUGUAUGUAUACAUAAGACCCCUGAAAUUGUGGAAUCCAUGUUAAGCAUCUCCUGGAUGCUUAAUUGCAUCCAGGAGAAAAUCGUCUGAUGAGCCACAGUGGCUCAGUGGGUUAAACCCAUGUGCCAAUUGAAGUGCUGACCUCAAAUUCACAAGAUGGGGUGAGCUCCCAUCUGUCAGCUCCAGUUUCCCAUGUGGGGACAUGAGAGAAGACUUCUACAGGAUGGUAAAAACAUCCAGACAUCCCUGAGCAACGUCCUUGCAGAUGGCCAAUUCUCUCACACCAGAAGUGACUUGCAGUUUCUCAACUUGCUCCUGACAUGAAAAAAAAAAGUAAUUUGAUAGGUCCUUCAGGUGAUUCUGAAGUAUGGUUCCCCAAAGUUAUUAUAUAGCUGCAUUGGAGGGACCUAACAAAAUGCUAGAGAAGAUUCCUCUCUAGAAAUGUAUAGGUUUUCCAAUUGACAUCUAUGGUAUGCUGGGACUGGAAUUUAAUGGCAUUCAGUCUUAUCCACAGUCAUUAUCUAGAACUUUGUAAUUUUGCUCCCUCAUUAUUAGCUACUACUCUAUGGAAUGGUUCAAUGCCUUUUCACGCUCCAUUGUAGUGGUGGUAUGAUUCCACCUUAUCUUUCCUGUCUGCACCUUAUGGAAUCUCCUGAUUUGCAGUUUAAAAGAGGUAUUUUAUAUCCUCCUCAGUAUUUUACAAAUGAAAACAAGGAAACAUGUGGCCAGACAACAUCAUAGUGGGAAAAUGAUACUAGUGAGACAGAAUAGGAGAGCUGCAGCAGUUUGUAUUUGCCUGAGCCCCCUUCUACACUGCCAUAUAACAUCCAAAUUAUCUGCUUUGAACUGGAUUAUAUGGCAGCAUAGACUCAUAUAAUCCAGUUCGAAGCAGGUAAUGUGGAUUAUCUGCUUGAUAAUCUGGAUUAUAUGGCAGUGUAGAAGGGGCCUGAGCCUACUGGGAAGGGCAAUAUUCUGCCACUUCUCAUUCUGCUACUGAACACACUACUUUUGCACUUUGAACUUAAUCUGAAGACGUUGAAGUAAGUGGAGGGCAAAGGGGGGAAAUGGAAGGAAAGGAGAGAAACUGGGACAUUUUAGA